ACCUGCUCCACAGAGUCAGGAAGUAGUUACAGCAAAUUUCAUUCAUUGUAUACAAUUCAUGCUUAUGCCCUCAUAAUACUUAAUUAUUACAUUUCAAAAUGCGCAGAAGACCUGAAACUCAGUCGUCAAGAAGUGAACCUGCCAACGCUAAUAAAAAGGAUGCAGAUCAAAGACCUCACAGCCAGACUGAAGCUAAAGGCAGAGUGUCAUGCAGCUCUGUGCUCGUAAACAUUGGGAAGUGUUUACUUUUAAUCGUCAUCAUCCCUCCCUUCCUCAACUACGCGUCGCUGCAGAGAGAAGGACAGGUGCUCUUGCCCAAAGAUGGCCAGAUUAUUGAUGUCGGUUUGGGUCAGAAGAUGCAUCUUUUGUGUAAAGGAAAAGGAAAACCAGUUGUCAUACUGGACGCUCCGACUGGAAUGUCUUCCGACAUUUGGUUUCACGUCCAAGAGGAUGUUGCAACACUGACCAAGGUUUGUACUUAUGACAGAAUGGGACUGGGCUUCAGCAAGCGGCUUAUGCAGAAUGAGACGACAGGAACAGAAAAAGUUUGGAUGAUGUCAACAACUGGACGGAUGGUGGAUGAUCUGCACCGACUCCUGGAGGCUGCCGGGGUGGCAAAGCCCUUCAUCCUGGUGGGCUCUGAGCUCGGCGCGCUCAACGGCAGGUUCUACAGCCACAUUCAUGAUGUGCAAGUGUCCAACCUGGUGCUGAUUGAUCCCAUCCCAGAGGACGUUUUUGAAGAGGACCAGUGGAAGGAGUACUGGUAUGGCAUGGUGCUUCCGUCGUUCCAAGCCAUGCAGUUUUCAGCAGCUGCAGGACUGAGCCGCAUGCUGCUUAUCCUGGGGGCGAUGGAACCGACCAUUGUGGGCGAAAAUGUCUUGGAGGAUGUCGUCCAGCGCCAGAAAUACCUACUAAGUAAUCCUUCCCACCAGAGCAGUGCUGUAGACGAGCAUUACUUUAUGAAUGAAAGUGCAGCUCAAGUAAGGGACAUCACAAAGUAUAAGCCCCUCUCCAGCAGGACGUCGGUGAGCGUGAUCACUGGCGAUUUGUUCGACGAGCAGAUGCCGGAACACCUAAACCAAAUGGUAGCUAAGCUUCAAAAGAGGUUCCUGAAGGAAUCCUAUCCAUCAGCCAAUCACAUUCACAUAAAAGGAGCAGACCGGCGAAUGAUCUACAAGAAGCCAUCUGCCAUCAGCCAGCACCUGAGAAAGCUAGUCCACCAGCAACAAGCCAAACCGCAGAGCGAGUGACCCGUGGCCAAAAUCAAUCUGCAGAGAUUGUCUACAUGUCUGCUAAGGUUCAUCAGGAAGUCAAUUUCAGAACCUAUUUUUGUACAGCUCUGCUUUAUUGGACACUUUUUAAUUGAAGAAAACUGGAGGGUAUUCGGUGUGAUGAAAUAUUUUCUUAGAUUCAUCUUAUCUCGCAAGUUGUUAUUUCAGGCUCUUCACCUGAUUGGACAGUGUCCAAAAUUAAUACAUUAUUCCUUAUCAAUGUAAAGGCCACACACACACACACACACACACACACACACACACACACACACACACACACACACACACACACACACACACACACACACCAUUGCUCAACCCCCUUUUUUUUUUAAUCUGGUGUAGUUCAGUCUUAAUAUGCUGCCAUGUUAUAGCCACAAGGAAAGGUAUCUUCAGUUCCUCAAUUUUUCUACAGACCUCUAUUUCUUUUACCAUUAAGGGCUGCAUACAGAUGAACAUUUUUGAGAAUUAUUUCAUACAGUUAGUAUAGCAUGUUUGUAACUGCACUGCUUAUCCUCAUGACCAAAUGAAAUGUUUCAAUGGGUAUACAGUAAUGAGGGAGUAAAAAAAAAGACCAGAGAGCAUAGAUUAUCCUGAGGAUUUAAGUUUAAUUAUGACACCACAUCAAAAUAAAAAUUUCCAACAGAUCUGGAAUUUAAUUCCAUCCAUAUACAUGCAUAGCAACAACGUUUUAAGAAACAUUUUCUCCCUUAAUCAGGACAUUGGAAUGAUCAUUUUACAUCAGUAUCCCCACUGACUUCCCACCCAUCUUGUUCGUCGGCAAUAAACGUAAUUCUUGUACAACUUAUUCUUUUUUUUUUUUUUCCCUAUGGGGUU